AUGGCGGACAUCGAAAAAGGGGUCAUCCCUAAAGAUGCUCAAGAAGCGCCCAAGGACCCCAAUCUCGUUGAUUUCGACGGCCCUGAUGAUCCCGAGAAUCCGUUCAACUGGCCCAAAUGGAAAAUGGGACGUCAGCUGAUUCUGAUGGCCUUUAACACAUUUAUUACUCCACUGGCCUCGUCAAUGUUUGCCCCUGGAGUCAGCGAAGUCAUGAAGGAAUUCAAUGUUACAAGUAGCAUGAUAGGCUCUUUCGUCGUCUCUGUCUACAUUCUGGGCUACUGCUUCGGUCCCUUUUUGAUCGCCCCACUAUCUGAGAUCUACGGCCGUGUGCCGCUAUACCACGCCUGCAACCUGCUCUUCCUCAUCUUCACUAUCGCCUGCGCUGUCGCCCAAACCAUGCCGCAGUUAAUUGUCUUCCGCUUGCUGGCCGGUAUGGCAGGUGUCUGUCCCCUGACAAUUGGAUCCGGCACCGUCGCGGAUAUGGUUCCCAAGGAGAAACGAGCUGGUAUCAUGGCCAUCUGGGCGAUGGGACCCAUUCUUGGACCCGUCGUUGGUCCAGUCGCAGGUGGCUUUUUGGCGGAAGCGGAGGGUUGGCGCUGGGUGUUCUGGGUGAUUGCCAUUGCCACUGGUGUCAUGAUGAUCUUCACUAUUAUCUGGUAUUGCGAAUCCUACGCUCCUAUCGUGCUCCAACGCAAAGCCGCCCGUCUGCGCAAGGAAACUGGAAACCCCGACCUUCGCUCGAUCCGCGACACGAGCAAACCCAGCCCGCGACUAUUCCUGUCCGCGUUGGCCCGUCCGUUGAAGCUGCUCUUCACUUCCCCGAUCGUCUUCAUGAUGGCAUUGUACGCCGCUGUCACCUACGGCUAUAUGUAUCUUAUGUUCACCACCAUCACCUCCAUCUUCGAGAACAACUAUGGCUUCGGUCCCGGUAUCGCUGGUCUCGCAUACCUGGGUUUCGGUGUCGGCUGUAUGAUCGGACUGACCAUCACCGGCAGGGUGGCUAACCGUAUCGCCAAAAGUCAUAUUAAAAAGGGCUGCUUCGCGCCGGAGUCUCGUCUACUACCUAUGAUGGUGGGCUGCUGGUUCAUGCCCGUUGGUUUAUUCUGGUAUGGCUGGUCGGCCCAGGAGCAUACCCACUGGAUUGUGCCUAUUAUCGGCACUGGAGUGUUCGCCGCUGGCUUGAUGAGCGUGUUCUCGUCUGCUAGCACUUAUCUGGUUGACUCAUACUUGCGCUACGCGGCGUCGGUCACGGCGGCGAACACGGCGCUGCGUUCACUCGUCGGAGCUCUGCUGCCAUUGGCUGGGCCAUCGAUGUAUGCUGCUCUGGGACUGGGAUGGGGAAACUCGCUACUGGCGUUUAUUGCGCUAGCGAUGUGUGCAGUGCCGUUCGUGUUCUGGAAGUUCGGAAAACGGAUUCGUACCAGCCCACGAUACCAGGUGAAUCUGUAG